CUGCCCAUCCAUUUGACUUUGACUCCCUUUGGCUACAUGGCUGCUCAUGCUGAUUCCGUCGAAGCUGUCCUGGGAGACAUGGAGAUGCUCCGGGAGAUCUUCCUGCGGGUGGGGAGCGUGUCGGCCCUGGUCCGAGCUGCCGCAGUGUCUCCAACAUGGUGCGCCGCGGCGAAGCUGCCAGGCUUCCUCUCGGCCUUCCGCAAAAGGUUCGCUCCUCCGCUCAUAGGCUUCGCGGUUGAGUUCGAUCAGCUUCUAUGGAAUUUCUCCAUGUAUCUUGCUUCCCCUGGCAUCGGGCAUGGGCUAGCGCAAGUUUCCCAGACGGUGGCGCAGCAUUUCCUCGACCCCGACCAUAGCAUCGUUGCUAUCGCCUCGGGUGACUCGGGUCUAAUGACGAGGGAGGAACUUCCAGCACCUGGAUACAUGCUCAUCACGCCCGGGGGGGACGCCGCUCCAAUGGGCGACGGCGUGCCCCUGUCGCCUACGGUGGCUGCGGCAACGCCGAACACCUGGGGUCAUUUUGCAAAGCUUGGGGCCGAGCAUGCGUUCUUCGUGCAGGACCCGGCCGCCGACUUCGACAUCAUGCCGAAAGGGGUUUGCAUGAACGACGACUCGCCGGUUCAUUACCACGUGAACGUGUUCGCUGAGGGUGUUUGGCAGAACAUGGUUUCAGGACCCAUGCACGCGGGCGAUAACGUGUGCUUCCUCCGGCGCCCGUAUGCGGUGGUCAUCGACGGCGUCAUGUACAUGAUGUACGAAGUCGGCAGGGUGGUGGCUUGCAACGUCAGCGCCAACACAUUCGACACAGUUCAGCUGCCGGAAGAUUUCGCCUUCAACAUCGAAGCGGGAGGUACGGACUACAGAGUCACUAAAACCUCCUCCGGGAAGCUUUGCAUUGCUCAAGUCCAGGGCAUGCGAGCGCGGGUGUGGGACCGUGACCCGACGGGGGUGUGGGUGGAGAGGAUCAACAUGUCAAUUUCCAGCGUUUUUGAUGUCCCCGCUACGGAUACUAUGUGGAUCAGAGUUGCUGAAAACGAAGGGCUGGACAUUCCAAUAUGGGACACUGAGUUUUACUUGAUUAGGAUUGUGUCAGUCGACGAGGGUGCUCGCCAUCUCGUCAUGAGUUUUGGUUUUGACACCCGCGUGUACUGCAUUGAUACGGAGCUGGAGAGAGCGUUUGAUCUCUUCGACUCAGCACAACACGCUUUCAUGAGCAAUGUGGUCCCGGUGACGGUCACGUGUCCGCCACGCUUCCCCGACCACAUUUAGAUGCAAUGUUGUGGUGUGGUUUUGUGCUGAAGACAUGCCUUGUAUUCCCGCGCUCCGCUCGCGGCCUUUAUCUUAGUUGUUUCCUUAUCUUAGCUACAGUUUGUUUCCAUGCAUAGGGCGUGUUUCCAUGCAUAGGGCUAGAAUUAUCAGUAUUUUUUCUAUGUUAGUUUGUUCCUUCUUUUAGUUAUGGUUUCUUUUCGGCAUGAGGACGCCUGUGUCCGGAAAAGUUGAAGUUCGUUGUAUCCUUUAAUAUCAAGUCUUUCUUAUAUAUCG